AAACUGCACCAGCACCUGCUCCAGCUUUCGCAGCCAAAGCAAAGCAAAAACAUCUUGUUUUUCGUUUUCAUUAUCAAUUCAAAGAUGGAUUUCCACAGUCUUUCGAGGAAAGAGCUCCAAGAUCUAUGCAAGAAGAACAAGAUCCCUGCUAACAUGACCAAUAUCGCCAUGGCCGAUGCCCUCAAAGUUCUUGACAAGGUGGAAGGACGUGAGGAGUUCACCAAUGUGCCCGAACCCGAUCCACAGCAAUCCCCAGAGAAAGCUAUAAGUGGAUCACCAGAAGUUCCUCAAACUUCUGUUAGAACCUUGACUCGAAGAAAGCCCCUUCGUAUUGAGCCUGAAAGCUCAAAACCCUUGACUCGUACUCGAUGCACAACAAGAGGAACAGUUGUCGGGGAGGGUGAUCAAGAGAAUAAAACUGCAAAUCUCUCAGAGACUCCAAUAAUGCUAGCCAGGCGAAUAAGGACUUCAACAGCUUCUGCUCGCCACAAAAUGGAGAGUAAAUCGAUGGAAAGUGUUGAGAAUCAAGAGAAAAACAAUGUGCCGAAGACACCAGCAGCACGGAGUAGCCGGAGGAGGGCUCCAGCAGUUUCAGCUCGGGGGAAAUUAGAGGCUCAGAACGAAGAAAAAUCUGUUCAGAGGGUGUACAGCACGAGGCAUUCAGUGAGGUUGUUGGAGAAGGGUAUGGAAGGAUUGGGCUUAAAGGAGAAAGAGAGGGUUAGGCCAUUGAAGAUGGAUGGAUUGUGCUGGGAAAUUGAGGAUGUUGAAACGAAGGAUGAGACUGGAGAUGAUUUGCUUACAAAAUCCGAAAAGAGUUUUAAGAAAACCAUUGAUGCAGAAGCGGUGGCAUGCCAAAACCUUGAUCAUUUACCGGAGGAGAGAAGGGAAAUCAAGCGUGAAAUUCAAGAAGAGAGCAACAAUGACGAGUAUGAAGUGGAAGAUUGCAAUGCAAAACAGGAAAUAGGCCAGAAAGGUGUUUAUUCUGAAGUCGUUUCAUUGGAUAAUGAAAGUGAAAUGAACAACGAACUUGAAGAGAAUGACAUGAGAAAUGACUAUGAAAUGGAUCGUUACAAUCCAAAAUCGGAAGGCUUAAAUGGACAGGAUGAAUCAAAUCCUAUUAUAGUUGAAAGAUCAGAGAAGGCAUUACCGGCGACUCAGGAACUGAUUUACAACAACGAUUCACCAACCGUAGUAUCUGAAUUUGUGGAAGAUAAGCGGCAUGACAAUAAUGACCUCCAAUCAAACUUUGCAAUUGUGGGUGAGUCUGUUAGCAAUCAAUCAGAUGAAGCUAAAGAAAAUGGAAAUGCAGAAAGAGUUCUUGAAGAUGCUAGCAACCAGAUGUCAGAAAGCAUACAUGAAACUGAAAGUCUCCAGUCAUUAAUCGGGUCUUUUUCAACCAAUCACUUUGUCACUGGUAAUCUUGUGGCACCCUCCAAGGAUAUCUCAGUUGAGUAUAAUGAUGAAGCACUUGUUGAAAUCGAUGUGAUGGAAGCUGGAGAACUUGACUUGAUAUCCCACGAAUGCCACCCAUCUUGGGUUUCACGUGAGACUCCAGGAUCCAUAAAUCAGAUUACUUCUUCCUGUACUCUGGCAUCUGAUAAUGCCUCAAGUGAAAUCCCUUUGCAUAAGGUUCACGAGCAUAGCAGUUCAGAGACUUCGAUUCAUAUUACUGUAAUGUCACCAGAAAAAUUCGCCCUGGCGGCAGCUCCAGCAGUGGGCUCUCCAACUUCCAAAAGGGAAAUUUAUCAACCCUGGGUUGCUGGUGGCGCAAUGUCAGGUCAAACAACAUGCUUAUUACCCUUCGCAGCUGACACUCUUCAAGGUCAGUUUCCUCGUCCAAGUGAGUUGACACCAAGGAAAUCUUAUGCAUCAGAAAUUAACAAGGAGAGCAUUGACGACAAUGGAAAAAAAGUGGAACCUAAGAAAGAAAAUGCAUAUAAUAAGACCAUUGAUGAGAAGAUAUCGGAUGAAUUAAGCCUAAGGCAGCUGAGGAAGAUGAUGAGAGAAAAACUACAGAUAGCCAACAACAAGUACAGUGGAGAAUAUAAUGACACAAAGGACAAGACUGGCCCAGACACACUGCCUCAUGAGAGAAUUGUAAGCAGGAUGCUGAAUCAGAGAACUGAGCAGAUAUAGAUGUUGGACAGACGGAGCAUAUAUAUACAUGGUCGCAUGGCGAGACGAGACUGAGACUGCUUUGUUCUUCAAUGGGAUGAUUCAAAAUCAUAUAGCUUUCUUGUCUUAGAAUUUUUUGUGGGAUUUUAAAUAUGAAUAUAAUGAUUAUAAUUGCAAAAGGCUAUGGUGCCAUGUAGUGGAUUUUUGUCCGGUUAUGGUAUUUUUAAUAAAGAGCUAAACUUUUAUUCAU